CGCACACACACAUAAAAGGAGACAGAUGGACAACAGCUAAGCACUUUGGAAAAGGCUCAUCCACAUAUGAGUCAUGUCUGUCCCUAGCCAGUGGAUUCGUCUUCGUCCGUUUAUCUUCAGUAACCUUCUCUUUGUGGGGUUUUUCAUGAUCUUCUACUCCCAUCAUCACUCCAACAUAAAGCUUCCAUCUUUGGCAGUUUUUCUCCAUUCCCGCUGGAGCUAUAGCAACGUAACUUUGGAACCUGAAAAUGAAACAGAGACUAUCCUUCUCAUCUGGACAUGGCCGUUUGGACAAAAAUUUGAUACAGACUGCCGUGGUUUUGGCAUUGAGAAGUGCCAUUUGACUGAUAAUAGAAGCCUGUACCCUAUCGCGGAUGGUGUGUUUUUCCAUCAUCGGGAUGUAUGUAAUAAUUUACAAGAUCUUCCAAAAAUUCCACGACCCUUUUUCCAGAAAUGGGUGUGGGCUAACAUGGAAUCACCGGCAAAUACACCUGUAAUGCCCAUAUUAAACAAUCUAUUCAACCUCACAUGCAGCUAUCGCAUAGAUUCCACCAUCCACGUGCCAUAUGGAUACGUGCUACCACGCAAUUCCGACGAGCCGGUUGUCCAACUUCCAACAAAGGACAAAUUGGUAUGUUGGGUUGUAAGCAACUGGAACACCCUCCUUCUAAGGGUCCAGUAUUACGAACAACUGAAAAAUCACAUUAAAAUCAACAUUUAUGGAAAGGCAUUCAGAAAUCCUUUGUCCGAUCAAGCUUACGAGGAUGUCAUAUCGCAAUGUAAAUUCUACCUUGCUUUUGAAAAUUCGGCUUACAAAGACUACAUGACGGAAAAAGUGUUUAGUCCGCUGUUGUUGGGAAGUGUGCCAAUUGUUUUAGGUCCCCCCAGGGAAGAUUACCAGCAGCAGAUCCCAGCGAAUGCCUUCAUUCAUGUCGAUGACUUUGCCAGCCCCAAGGAGUUGGCUGAGAGACUGCACUAUCUCGACAGGCAUCCAGAGGAGUACAUGGACUACUUCAAAUGGAGGAGAGAGUACAAGGUCGUGAGGUCCUGGUUUGGAAAGGAACAUGCUUGCAGAUCGUGUAGCCACAUACAAAAGCAUAGAGGAUCAGAGGUAGUUCAUAAUCUCCAAACAUGGUUUUGGAGUGACAAGUGAUGAUAUUGUAAUAGCUCUGUAGUAUCUAUAGAGCUCAACAGUCCCACCCAUUUUGAAGUCUUCUCCUC